UUUUUAGGUUGAACCUUGAAAGAAAUGGCUGAAGGUGGAGAAGAGGACUUGCCAAGGGAUGCAAAGAUUGUCAAAACGUUGCUAAAAUCAAUGGGUGUUGAUGACUACGAGCCUCGAGUUGUGCAACAAUUUUUGGAACUGUGGUAUCGCUAUGUUGUUGAUGUACUGACGGAUGCUCAAGUCUACUCAGAGCAUGCAGGGAAGGCUUCCAUUGACUCUGAUGACAUCAAGCUUGCCAUUCAGUCAAAAGUUAAUUUCAGCUUCUCACAACCCCCGCCGCGUGAGGUACCAAGUCUUGUUAAAUCCUUCAUUGUUGUGCUGGUAUUUCAUUCUUCCAAGAAUGAACUUAUAUCUUUAUUAGAGACCUUUUAGGUGUAUGGUGAAAUUGAUAACCUUUAGCCCUCUCUCGUCUAAGAAAGAUAAGUAAAAUGGAGACUCUCUGAAUCAAAGAAUUAUAUGAUGUAACUAAAAAUUUUGUCUUGGAGUUUUAUGUUGUUCUCUUGUAACGUGUUUCAGAACUUCGGUUGUCAUUUGGCAUAAUUAUAUAUUUUAGGUUAUUACUGAAAUUAGUGAAAAGGUAUCAAACUAAUAGGUCGUAGUUUGGGAAGUUACCUAUUUCAAAAAAGAAAAAAAGGUCAUAGUCUGGGGCUAUCAUAUGUGGUUUAUUACCGU